CCUCAGCCGGGCAGGGGGCGGCGGCACCAUGUGGAGCGGUCGCAGCUCCUUCACGAGCCUGGUGGUGGGCGUGUUCGUGGUCUAUGUGGUGCACACCUGCUGGGUCAUGUACGGCAUCGUGUAUACCCGCCCGUGCGCCGGCGACGGCAACUGCAUCCAGCCCUACCUGGCGCGGAGGCCCAAGCUGCAGCUGAGUGUGUAUACCACCACACGGUCCAACCUUGGUACUGAGAACAACGUUGACCUGGUGUUGAAUGUGGAAGACUUUGAUGUGGAGUCCAAAUUUGAAAGGACAGUUAAUGUUUCUGUACCAAAGAAAACAAGAAACAAUGGGACGCUGUAUGCCUACAUUUUUCUCCAUCAUGCUGGGAUUCUCCCUUGGCACGAUGGGAAGCAGGUGCACCUAGUAAGCCCUCUCACCACCUACAUGGUCCCCAAACCCGAAGAAAUCAAUCUCCUCACCGGCGAAUCUGCUACGCAGCAGAUUGAAGCUGAAAAGAAGCAGACCAAUGCCUUGGAUGAGCCCGUUUCUCACUGGCGGCCAAGGCUGACGCUGAACGUGAUGGUGGAUGACUUUGUCUUUGACGGGUCUUCUCUCCCGGCUGAUGUGCAUCGGUACAUGAAGAUGAUCCAGUUAGGAAAAACUGUCCAUUACCUCCCCAUCCUGUUCAUCGAUCAGCUGAGCAAUCGAGUGAAGGAUCUGAUGGUCAUAAACCGCUCGACCACGGAGCUGCCACUCACAGUGUCCUACGACAAGAUCUCUCUGGGCAAGCUCCGCUUCUGGAUCCACAUGCAGGAUGCCGUGUACUCCCUGCAGCAGUUCGGGUUUUCAGAGAAGGAUGCCGAUGAAGUGAAAGGAAUUUUUGUAGACACCAACUUGUAUUUCUUAGCUCUGACCUUCUUUGUCGCAGCAUUCCACCUCCUUUUCGAUUUCCUGGCGUUUAAAAAUGACAUCAGUUUCUGGAAGAAAAAGAAGAGCAUGAUUGGAAUGUCCACCAAAGCAGUGCUCUGGCGCUGCUUCAGCACCGUGGUGAUAUUCCUUUUCCUUCUGGAUGAGCAGACGAGUCUACUAGUGCUGAUCCCUGCUGGCAUCGGAGCAGCCAUUGAACUAUGGAAGGUGAAAAAGGCAUUGAAAAUGACUAUUGUUUGGAGAGGCCUCAGACCUGAAUUUCAGUUUGGCACUUACAGUGAAUCCGAAAGGAAAACUGAGGAGUACGAUACUCAGGCCAUGAAAUACUUGUCUUACCUACUCUAUCCUCUCUGCAUCGGUGGAGCCGUUUAUUCACUCCUGAACAUCAAGUAUAAAAGUUGGUAUUCCUGGUUGAUCAACAGCUUCGUCAACGGAGUGUACGCCUUUGGCUUUCUCUUCAUGCUACCCCAGCUCUUUGUGAACUACAAGAUGAAGUCGGUGGCACAUCUGCCCUGGAAGGCGUUCACCUACAAGGCUUUCAACACCUUCAUCGACGACGUCUUUGCCUUCAUCAUCACCAUGCCCACCUCACACCGGCUGGCCUGCUUCCGGGACGACGUGGUCUUCCUGGUCUACCUUUACCAGAGAUGGCUUUAUCCUGUGGAUAAGAGCAGAGUCAACGAGUUUGGGGAGUCUUAUGAAGAAAAGCCCAAGUGGAAAGCCCACACAGACUGACGGUCGAAGGGCUCUGGAGACGCCGCUCUUGGACUGCCACUGGCUGUGCGUGUGCAAUUCUGAUUUUUCUUAAAGCAAAGAACAAGGUUUUGAUUGUCAGUUGACUGAGUAUUGUUGGAAGCUUUGGUGGGAUCCCCUGGACAUUACAUCCUCUUCGUUGCCAAAACCUCUUUGGACGUUUCUCGUAGCUCUCUGCCUGCCUACCCGGUACGUUGAAAGGGCUGUUAGCACAGACUGUGCCCCGCCCCUGUGCAAACAGUGUACCUCUGUCCUGCUCACACGGCUGGCUGGCUGCCCCAGGCGGCCCUGCUCGGUCCCGGCGCGGGGCGGUGGGCACCGUGAGCGCAGCUCACAGUCCAUCCUGCUCCCACGGCUGACUGGCUGUCCCCGGUGGCUCUGCUCUGCUCGGUGCCGGUGCCCAGCGGUGGGCUGCGCCAGCAGUCACGAUGCCCCCAGCCCCUGCAGGUAGCCGAGCCCAGGAGCUCUGGGCCAGCAGCGCCGUCCAGUGGAGGCCAGGAGGACGUUGGAUUCCCAUUUCAAGCUGUUUGUUUUUUAACCUGCUCCUUCUGUGAACUUCUUCAAAUGCCCACAUACGUUCAUUCCAUAGGGACUCUCUGGGAUCAAAUAGGGUUUUGCUCUUUUGUUUAAAAUUUUGAUUAUUUUAAAGCUUAAUGUAUGUAUGUUUCUAUUUUAAAAUAAAUUUCUCUGGCUGUAA